CAUCCCGCGUUCGCCUAAAAUUGCCAAAUCAGAGAAGACCGAACACCUCCGUCUCCACAGGGACAGAUUCAUGGCAGACAUUACUUGGGGCACCACCUGCAUACUCAUUCUCUUCUUUGAAGUUCUCCCCGUAGACGUCCACACCGGGGGACAUUACAUAGCUGCUGUGUAUGAACAUCAUGUCAUCUUGAAUCCCAAUCCAACCAUAGUUACUGACCGACAGUCUGCUUUAGAGCUGAUGAACAGAAACCUAGAUAUUUAUGAGCAGCAAGUGAUCCUUGCUGCUAAACAGGGAGCAAAAAUCAUUGUUUUUCCUGAAGAUGGAGUUCAAGGCUUCAAUUUCACCAGGACAUCCAUUUAUCCUUACUUGGAUUUAAUUCCUGAUCCUGAUUCUCUGACUUGGAAUCCAUGCAAAGAAAGAUACUUGUUCAAGGACACUGAGGUUCUUCAUCGACUUAGCUGUCUGGCACAGAAGAACAAAGUGUUUAUUGUGGCCAACAUAGGAACUAAGCAGCCCUGCAAGCACAGUGAUUCCAAGUGCCCACCAGAUGGAAGGCAAAUUUGGACUCUUCACUUGCUUUGAUAUCCUGUUCUAUGAACCAGCUGUGAGCCUGAUCAAGAAAUACAAUGUGAAACAGAUUGCAUAUCCUACUGCAUGGAU